UUCGCCAUUUAGUGCUCAAUAGUUAACAAGGCAGUUAUGUCUUCAGUGCUUACAAUAAUUUUAUUAUCAACAAUUGUUUUGUUACUUUUAUAUUACCGAUGCAUGAAAAAUGAGAGAUUACUACUCAAGAUACCUGGACCCAGAUCAUUCCCUCUUAUUGGAAAUUCAUUUCAUUUUUGGAUGCCUCCAAAUAAACUAUUUCUGUUUUUAAGAACACUACACAAAUUAUACGGAGGUUUGAUUCGAAUGCACGCUGUAAACUUUUGGUCCGUUGGCUUGUAUAAUCCAGAAGAUAUUGAGAAAGUGUUGUCGUCGGUUCGCUAUAAUGAUAAACAGGGAGUCUACAAAUUUCUUCAGCCGUGGCUAGGUGAAGGUCUAUUAACCAGUAAUGGCUCCAAAUGGCACCAACGGCGCAAAUUAUUGACGCCAGCUUUUCACUUCAAUGUUUUGAAGAAAUAUUUCCAAACAAUCACUGAACAAACGGAAAUGUUUCUGAAAAAAGUAGAAAUGGAGGUCGGCAACACACAGACAGACAUACACCCCUUGAUAAGCUCUACGACGCUGCAAAUCACGUGUGAAACAACCAUGGGAACAUCAAUGAGUGAGGAAAUCAAAUCUGUUAUGUCAAAAUAUAUGAACGCAAUAGAAAUCGUCGGGGAAUCCGUAAUAAAAAGGAUAUGUAGAGCGUGGUUGCUUUAUGAACCUUUUUUCAAUUUAUCAAAAAUAGGACGCGAGCAAAAAGCUGCGCUAUCGGACUUGCACACAUUUACAAAUAAAAUUAUAAACGAAAGAAAACAAUUUCUGAUGAAUAUAAAAUCGUAUCGACAGGAAAAUGAUGAAAUUAUUAGCAACAAAAAAGGUAGAUUGGCGAUGCUAGACUUACUGAUUGAAAAUGAAAAAUUGGGACACAUUACUGUAGAAGGAAUUAGAGAAGAGGUUGAUACAUUUAUGUUUGCGGGCCAUGACACCACGGCUGCAGCACUAACAUUCCUACUAAUGGUAAUUGCUAACGAUAUUGAAGUUCAAGAAAAAAUCUAUCAGGAAAUGCAAAAUAUUUUUGGAGAAUCCCAACGUUCUGCUACAAUGCAGGAACUAAGCGAAAUGUCUUACUUAGAAUGCUGUAUAAAGGAGUCCUUACGAUUGUAUCCCAGCGUGCCAUUUAUAGCGCGAUAUGUAACUGAAGAAAUUAAUUUAUGCGGCUACACGAUACCAGCUCACACUAACUACCACAUAUUCAUCUAUGACUUGCAUCGCCGCGCUGAUAUAUACCCUGAACCAGAACGCUUCAUCCCUGAGAGGUUCCUUCCUGAGAAUUGUGCUAAGAGACACCGCUACGCCUAUAUACCCUUUAGCGCAGGUCCUAGGAAUUGCAUUGGUCAAAAAUUUGCGAUGCUGGAAAUGAAGAGUCUAGUAUCAAGUUUACUGAGAAGAUUUCGUUUGGAAGCUGUCACGAAACCAUCCGACUUACAAUUCAGAACUGAUCUAGUAUUACGUACUGAUAAUCAACCGAUAUACGUACGCUUUUGUAACAGAAUAUGUUGAGAUGUUUUACAUUUUAUAAAUAUCUGCAAAUAAAAUGUAGAACAAUUUUUUUUACAAGAUUUCGUUGGUUAUUUAUGAUGUUAUUUUUAUCAGCAAGGUUACAUAAGGUUAACUUUUAACAAUACUCGAUUUCAUAAUAAAUAUAAACUAAUAAUAAAACUAUAA